AACGUUAUCUUCACACUAAGAGAAAGAGAGGACCAGAGAUCGUGAAUUGAAAGCUCUGCUUGACCGGCCGACGAAUCACCGAUUGAUUCCUGUAGUGAUUUCUGCUUCCGAUGAUCGAACUAAGUGGACAAAUGGAAGCUCAGUACAUUCUCAGGCACCACCAGCAUGAUCCGAAGGAUAAUCAAUGCUCUUCUUCCCUCGUCAAGCACAUCAAAGCUCCCGUCGGCAUCGUUUGGUCAUUGGUGAGAAGGUUUGAUGAGCCACAAAAGUACAAGCCCUUCGUUAGCCGGUGUACAGUCCAAGGAGAUCUGAAGAUCGGAAGUUUAAGACAUGUCAAUGUGAAAUCAGGUCUUCCAGCUACAACGAGUACUGAGAUGUUAUCACUUUUUGAUGAUAAGGAACACAUCCUUGGAAUCAGAAUCAUUGGUGGUGAUCACAGACUUAAGAACUAUUCUUCGAUCCUGACUGUGCAUCCAGAAACAAUUGACGGGGAGGAAGGGACUAUGGUGAUUGAAUCAUUCGUAGUUGAUGUGCCUGAAGGAAACACGAAAGAGGAUACUUGCUACUUUGUGAAGGCGUUUAUCAACUAUAACCUUGCAUCUUUGUGCGCUGUGUCGGAGAGAAUGGCGGGGAGGGAUCGAGCUGGACUUGGCAAUGUUUGAGUAAUUGGAUUGAAUGAAUAUGCAGGGUCUGCUCUAAGAAGUUUUGUUUUUGGUUAGUUUUACUGCAAUUUCCAUUAUCGCUCUCUUGUUUAUGUUACUGCUGUUUCUUCUCUUAUAGUUGAUGUUGUUUUUGGUAUACAUGUGAAUAUGUUUGUUGUUUAUGUAGAUGGAAUUUUCUUUGUUUUUAAUUAGGUCUACUUUUUCUCUUUA